AUGAGUUUAGGUUUCGAUUACUCGGACUGCCAUCGUGCAGCCAGUCGCGACACCGUCACCGCAGCCGUCAGCUUAGCGAUCGCCACAGGCGUGGUAAUGACUGAUCGUACAUCCAACAUCAAAGAGUUGGUUCUCCGCGCAGCACAUCUCGUGAUCAAAUGGAUGGUCACUUUAGCCGUUCUCCUGACAGCCCUCGGCGACGCGACUUACCUCGCAAUAGCUGCACCAGAACUGAAAUGCAAGAUUGAUUAUAUUGAGAAGUUAGUUUUAGUUAACAGUACAGCACCAUUAUAA